GAUCCAACGGUGAAAUUCUAAGGAGCACGUACUUUUACUAACAACGUCUUCAGAAACAAAACCCUAGAAACCCUAAUCUUCACUGUUAACUUCAUCCUGCAUUGCUACCGUGCUUCCUCUCCCCUAGCAGCCGCGACGAACCCGUAUUAUCGGACUGAGCAGAUUGAGGGACGAAGAUGACUCGGGGAAGCGCAGCUGUGCCGAAGGGAAAGAAGAAAGGUGCAACCUUCACGAUUGAUUGUGGUAAGCCGGUCGAGGAUAAGAUCAUGGAGAUUGCAUCGCUUGAGAAGUUCCUCCAAGAGAGGAUUAAGGUUGGCGGCAAGGCCGGUGCUCUCGGUGACACCGUUACUAUCACCCGUGAAAAGUCCAAGAUCUCUGUUACCUCCGACAGCAACUUUUCUAAACGGUAUCUAAAGUACUUGACCAAAAAAUACUUGAAGAAACACAAUGUCCGCGAUUGGCUUCGAGUGAUUGCUUCCAACAAGGAUAGGAAUGUUUAUGAACUGCGGUAUUUCAACAUUGCUGAGAAUGAGGGGGACGAGGAAGAGUAAAGAUCCUUUUUCAUCUCCUGUAUUAUGCCUCUGGUUUAUUGAACUUCACUUUAGAGGAUUGCUCUUAGCCUGUUUAGUCUAGUUCCCAUUUAUGUUUUAAGGUUCUCUAUUGGUUCUUUUUGAACCUGAUGCUGCAUUGAAAUUUUGUUACUAAAAUAACUACAUGGUAUUCUUAUUGGUUUUUUGUUAGAUAAAUUGAAAUUUCUUCAGCAGGUUGCGUCAAA